CUCCUCUACACGAAUUCAGCGAUUCCUGCCGCCAUCAGACAAUGGUGCUGCAGUUCGCGCGAGCGAUGGGGCUUCCCUGCUCAUCGUCGGCCAAGCCGACGCCAGCACAUGUCAUCCACGUCAAGUCCAAGGGGGCUGCCGAUCUCACGGCUCUGCCAAGCAUCCCUCCACCCGUCUCCACUACCCCUCCCAACCAAACCACGUCUGGCGCGCCAUCGCCCCAGUCGCUCGCAAAUGCAGCUCCAACGCCUCCUCAUCCGGUGUCUUCCUGCAAGCAGGGCAGGACCCCAUCGACGGAACCACAGGCCACCAAGAGUCCUGGCACGACAACACUCACGCCCUUUUGGGAAGCAACCUCACCGCAACACACGAAUUCGCCGAAGCAAGCACUGCCGUCGCCCCAGCGACGACUCGUCACAAAGGUCGUUCAUGCCGACGACGCGGCAACCCCGAACCCAGCCAAGUUUACUUUCUUUUAAUGCACCAUGUCGUCCA